CCUCACUAAAUACAACACCCUUCAUAGUUUCAGAGGAUCCCGUUAAUCGAAGUACCGCGUUCGGAUUUUGGUGCAUGUGUACAAUGUUGUGAUAAUAUUGGAACUGUGAUUGUUUGUGCUGAUAUAAUUUUGUAGCAAUUGUACGAGAUGAAUACUUUACGUCGAAUGAUAUGGAUACUAGCGGUAUAUUCGUUCGUCGGGAGAGGCUGCUGUCAAGAAGGUUACCUCAAUCAAGAUCUCCUUAGAUUACAACAGUAUUCUGACGGCCAAGGAGAAAGUUAUAGUACCAAUUUCCAGAGAGAACCAAGCAGCCAGUUAACUUCAGGUGCACAAUACGUGAAUGAUGAUGUGUAUAAUAAUGGGGAAUACAGUAGAGCCGGAAGAAGUAGGAAGGUUUACAGGAUCAAAAAUCCUUUUCAACAUCAGGAAGAAGAGAGAUCAUUACAAGACACUAAUACUUCACAAGAUAGCGGCACAGCGGCUAGUAACCAAUACUCAGCACUGCAGUAUUCUUUACCACCUGAAGAGUUUCUCCAACAAAUGAGAGCAGAGAGCCAAUACCAACAGCAGCAGCAACAGCUACAACAACAACAGCAGCAGUUUUCAACUCAAGUUCCCGGAUCUCCAUACACAGCCACCCCCCAACCGCAAUACCAAUAUUCUACGCUACCAGCUUCAAACUAUGACAUGAACCAGCAAUCCAAUCAAAUUUCUACUGUAGAACCUAAGUCAUUCACUCCCGUUUAUCAAUCUAACACUAACGGUUAUCAAUUCAGCAACCAAAACUCAUAUAACACUGAAAACGCACAUAGUACACCCCUCCCACCCUACAUGUCCACUUCGUUGCCAAGUAAUCAGUACUUAGAGACGCCUGCUAAUAAUUAUGUAUCCAGUUCCUCAUCAUUAUUUGUAUCUAGUCCUCAAAGUUCACAGCAAUACGUAUCUUCUCCAUUUUCAAAUAUUCACUCAGCAAACUAUGAUUAUAACAACAAUAGAGUUACAACAGUUGGAAGUAAUUCUCUUAGUUACGAAUACAAUAACGAUGUAAGCAAAAGAAUGCAAAUUGAUCAUUAUGACAACGCCGCCACUGGAAUACGCUAUCCUGAUAUGCAUAGUCAGUAUCAAAAUAAUUUUCCAUCAACUACUGCAUCACCAACCUCUACACCGUUUACUGAAAGUCCACGCGAUUUUUGGCAAAGCUCUUUAAAUUCAGGUUAUAAUGCAUUAUCUAAACCAGAACAAAGCUAUCAGACACAGUAUCAAAAUUUUAAAUAUAAUCAGCAAGAGGGCAGAUAUGACACUGAGUCAUCAAAUAGUGAUAACCAUCGGAUUGGUAGUUUACAAUCUGCUAAUAAUAUAUAUUUAAAUUAUGCUCAACCUGAUUACCAGUUUCUCAACAGCUUAAAAGACCGCGCUAGAGAUGCUCAGACAGAAUUAGGCCAACAAGAAAUUUAUUCCCACGGCGAUUAUGGCUGGAAAUUAUCAGACAAAAAAUCUUCACUUGAGCCCGAAAUAUCGACCAACAAUAAUUUCUUUAAGUACCAAAUACAUAGCGUGCAGCCUGAUACUGGAGCAGUAAGCCAAAUGAGUUUCCAAAUGGAUUCUAGAAAACCGUAUAAUUUUGACCAGAAUUCAAAACCGGUAUCAGAAAAACUAGAAGUUGAAGAAUUCACAAAGGCAGCUGCUAAAGCACAUGAAAACUACAAACAACAACAACAACAAUUAGAAGCUAAUAAGUAUCUUACAAACAAUAACUACAAUAGUAAUUUGUUGUCAAACUCCUACGCAUUUAAUUCGUUUCAUAAUAAUGAGAAACAAAGAAAUAAAUUGUACAGUGAUCAUUUAAAUUCCCAGGGACAAACGCAAAAUGAACCAGUCACAGCGUCUCCAUUCUUCUAUAUGAAUCCAAAAGAUACUGCAGAUAGUUCACACAAAAAACCUUUUGAUCAUGAUAAAGCUUUAAAAAAUAUAGUUCCAAUAGACGUAUCAAAUGUCGUGCAGAACUCUGAUUCACAAUCAAAAUUUGAAAUUGAUUUAAAUAAUAGGUAUAGUUUCCCUGGGUUUAAUAAAGAACAUUUAGAACAAAAUGUGAAGCAAUAUUCGCGACCAGAUCCUUAUUACAAUAAUAAAGAAAGGGACACUCUAUACGCAAUUAAUUUAAAAUCUAAACUGGAUGACUCCAUGGAGAAGCUUAAGCAAUUUGAACAAAGUCUACCAUAUUACGCAAAACAACAAACAUCCGAAUCAAUUCAUAAUAAUUAUGGAUCUAAUUCAGGAAAUAAACGUUUCGUUGGUGAUUCACAACAAUCAAACUUAGUUAGUCAACUUUCUAAUCAUCAAGAUAACACUCAUUCAUCGGCGAAUAUUCAACAACAACAGCACCCACAAUUUUCAUCUGACAUUUUAAAAUUUAAUGACAUACCAUAUCGAUUAACACCAAGUUUACAUAAUAUUAACUUUGGGCAAUCUAACAUACCUACUCCUUUACCUGUACGAAUAAAUCAAAAUGUCGACAAUCAUAAUGUAGAUAUUACUGCUGAAAUUCUCGCUAAAUUGUUAUCAAAUAAACAAAAUAUGAACAGACCCGAAAUUGACUCUCAGUCCAACAAUUUACUCUCAAUUAAUGGUUUCAGAGUAGCCAACCCCUUUAAUGUAGACCUUAAAUUAGUCGCAGACAUGUUGAAAGGGAAACCAGCUAUUGAUGACAGCCAAAUGACUUCUUUACGAGGGGACGUAAAUAAACCUAUGCCAAUGGAUAUUUCUCAACUCCAGCAAUUUAUGCAGUUGAAGAAUGAAAAUAAUGUGUUGAGUUCUAAUGCUGGUUUUGGUUCAUAUUUAGAUUUAUUCAGUAGUGGGCGACUACCGUAUCAAGGUGUUAAAUAUUCACGUAGUGAAGAAGAUACGGAAAAUAUUCCGAUAACAGACUCGUCCAGUGAUCAUCCCAUAGGCGCUGUAGUAGAAGAAGAUGCAGUUAAUGGACAGGAAGUAUCUGAUUUGACAGAAAAUUCUGAAGACUCAAUAUCGACAAACAUCGACGAUGAAAGACCUAAAAAUAUGUUUGGUUCUAGUCAUAAAACACUUCCAGACAGGCAUAGACAUCUGAGUAGUUUAUAUUUGAGUCGUCAUUCUCAUAAAAGAAAGUACCCAAAAUCAGAAGUCGACGAGCCAUAUCCACUGCUUAAACCUCCUCCACCUCAUAGUUCGCGAUACAGAGGGCUACAUAUGAAGGAAAAGAAUAGUCAUCGAAGAAGAGCGAAUAAGCCCAAAAUGCUUCGAGUUUACAAAGCAGAACCUUUAUUUGAAAGUGAUGAUGUUUCAAAUAUGAGGCGUUCCUUCUCAGUAGCUGAAGAAAAAUCUGAUAUUGUUAAUGAAGAAGAAGGAAUGACGAAAUUGACGACGUUAGCCAUCCUAUUGAGUAGCAGCUAUGCUGGAAUUUUACACGGAAAUAGCCACGCUGGACUAAGCCACGGCGUAGGUCCAGAAUCUGACAUCGGUCACUCAGCACCUAGUGGCAUUGGAUCAAGUUUCGAGCCCAGUUCAUUCCCCGUUGGAUCUUUACCAUCUGCUACCUACUCCAGUCAUGGUGGAUACGGUGGCGGAUUCGGUGGAGGUAUCAGCUCCGGCGGUGGUUUUGGUGCUGCGGGAGUAACUGGAGUAUCUCUUGGUGGAGGUUCAGGCAUAAUUUCCGGUCCCAUUGGUGCUGGCGCUGCACUCCCGGGAACCGGAUUCGGAGAUCAAGCUCCUCCCCCAGGACCCAGAUCUCCAGUGAUCAACGAAAUCCACGGCCUCGCCAACUCUAACGGUGCCCCAACUCGAUACCGCGUUCGUGACGAGCCCUACCAGGUUAUUCGCGAGGUUACCCACCGCGUUCCCCAGCCCGUUCCCGUUCCCUACCCACAGCCCGUGCGAGUCCCAUACCCUCAACCCUACCCCGUUCAAGUUCCAGUACUUAGACAAGUCCCAGUGCCAGUAGUUAAGAUCCAACAAGUCGCAAUCGACAAGCCGGUGCCCUACCCAGUUGAGAAGAUCGUGAAAAUACCAUAUGAAAAAAUUAUCGAAGUACCAGUAGACCACCCAGUUCCCUAUGAGAAAAUCGUUGAAGUCCCAGUGGUUAACUUAGUCAAAGUUCCAGUCCCUGUUGUGAAGACCUACCCUGUACCUGUUGUUAGGACUCUCCAUCACAAAGCCAUACCUGUCAGCCACAGCCACGGAUGGUCCAAAGGACAUGGUCAUGGCUAUGGCCAUGGUCACGGAUGGUCCCUGUGGUAA